AAUUAUGUUUUUGGUUAAUUUUUUUUUCAAAUUUCUCAAAAUAAUUUCUUAAAGAAAAAAGAAAAAAAAAAUCAGAUUCUAUCUCGCGAGUCUCUCCUCUCCCAGCUCUCUCCAUAUCUCACGCCGUCGCCCAGCCACAGUGCCGCUCCCCCCACUGCACCUCCGUCCACGUUACGUUGAAGGGUAGUAAGAAAAUGUCUGAGGGAGACGAGGAGUUACCGAGGGAUGCUAAAAUUGUGAAGACAUUGUUGAAAUCAAUGGGGGUUGAAGAUUAUGAACCACGAGUUAUACACCAGUUUCUUGAGCUGUGGUAUCGUUAUGUUGUUGACGUACUGACAGAUGCACAAGUCUAUUCGGAGCAUGCGGGCAAGGCUGCCAUUGAUUGUGAUGAUGUGAAGCUUGCUAUUCAGUCGAAAGUUAAUUUCAGCUUCUCGCAACCUCCUCCAAGAGAGGUUCUUUUAGAGUUGGCUAGAAACAGGAAUAAGAUCCCAUUGCCAAGGUCGAUUGGUGGGCCUGGUAUUGCCCUUCCACCAGAUCAAGACACAUUGCUCAGUCCCAAUUAUCAACUGGCAAUCCCAAAGAAGCAAGCAGUCGAAACGAUGGAGGAAACAGAGGAAGACGAAGGUGAUGACACAGUUGCUCCAUCCCAAGAACCCAGCUCAUCAGAAGUACCUCAACAGCAUGCCUCACAAAGAGUAUCUUUUCCAUUGGCAAAACGUUCAAAAAUAACGUAGUUGUUUUUCCUUCUUUGUUUCCCUUUCCUCAACCUCUAAUGAAAAGGGGAUUUGAAAUAGAUUCAUUUGAAGUUGUUGGUAAGUAUUGUUUGUUGGAUAUUAUCAAACUAUUGUAUAAUACCUCUAAAAGAAUUCAGUGGCUUUAUUUCCACUAAUUUGUCAAUUCCGAAGACAUGAAUAUUUCUUCCCAA